AUAGAAUGUAACAUCUUAUUAGCUUAACCUUUUGUUAACUCUGUAGCAUUCUAUUCAGCAACUUCAGCCAUGGCUGCUAUCACCUGCAUAUCUAAGCUCUCCUUGUUGUUGAUCCUCCUCUCAGUUUCAUCCUUGUGUGUUGUCAGGUCAGGGUCACUUACGCUUAAGAAUGCAGGGUCAAUUCCCCCAACAUGCAAGCGCAUAGAGUGUCCCAGCUAUGAUGUUAUACAAGUGGGCAAUGGCUAUGAAAUCCGUCGCUAUAAUUCAACUGUGUGGAUCUCAAAUUCCCCCAUUCAAGACAUUUCUCUUGUUGAAGCUACAAGAACUGGUUUCUUGAGGCUAUUCAAUUAUAUUCAAGGAAAGAACGACUACAGUCAGAAAAUUGAGAUGACAGCACCUGUGCUCAGUGAAGUCUCACCAAGUGAUGGACCCUUCUGUGAGUCCUCAUUUGUUGUGAGCUUCUUUGUGCCAAAAGUGAACCAAGCGAACCCGCCUCCUGCAAAGGGCCUCCAUGUUCAAAGAUGGAAGCCUGUGAAUGUAGCAGUUAGGCAGUUCGGUGGAUUUGUCAGUGAUGCAAGUGUUGGGGAGGAAGCCGCAGCAUUGAAGGCAAGUAUUGCUGGUACCAAGUGGGCUGCUGCCAUUGAGAAAAGCCACAGAGCUGGUCAUGCUUCUGUUUACUCUGUGGCUCAGUACAAUGCCCCUUUUGAAUAUGAUAACAGGGUGAAUGAAAUAUGGUUCUUGUUUGAUGUUGAAAAUGAUCUGCAUCAUGCUAUGUGAAAUGUACCACCAGACAAGAACCAAUCACUACUUCUAGAUAGCAUGUAGCCUAGGGUGUUUGGCCAUCUUGAAUAUAAAAUAAAGUGGUUCACAUUUUGCUAAACCAGUGCCUUUGAGAGACUAACUUGUAGUUUCAUCAUUGCAAGUUUAGAAAUAAAUUUAACCAUUUAUAGUUGGUUAA